GUCUGUGAUUGACCACCAAAAUGUACGAAUCACUGGGACCAAGAGGGGGAGAGAUGGACCCCCACAACAAGUGCAUGGGGGGGAGCUGUUCCAAAGGGCAACGCCACACGAGAAAACAUCCAGCGCAUGGGGCUGCGGGAAGGUCAGGUGAUCUUCAAAUGUCCAAAGUGUUGCAGCAUCAAGCCUGAGCGUGCCCAUCACUGCUCCGUCUGUCAGCGGUGCAUUCGCAAAAUGGAUCACCACUGCCCUUGGGUUAACAACUGUGUGGGAGAAAAUAAUCAGAAGUUCUUUGUACUCUUUACAUUCUACAUCGCCCUGCUCAGUCUCCAUGGCCUUUUCCUAGGGAUUUACCAGUUCAUAAUCUGUGUGAGGAGUGAGUGGCGGGAGUGCUCUUCUUUCUCACCACCUGCCACAGUGGUGCUGCUGCUGUUUCUUAUCUUCGAGAGCUUACUCUUUGCCAUUUUCACUGCAGUCAUGUUCUUCACACAAGUUAAUGCCAUCUGGAAUGAUGAGACGGGCAUUGAACAACUGAAGAAGGAACAAGCAAGCUGGGAAAAGAAAUCUCGAUGGCGAAGUAUCCAAGCUGUGUUUGGUCGCUUUUCUUUGACUUGGUUCAGCCCCUUCACUACCCCACCCUUGCCAACAAAAACUCAUUCAUAUAUGUAUGCUGUUUAGUUUCUUCUUGGGGAUGACUUGCAAUCAUAAUUUGGAAAUUCGAGAGACAGUAGUAUAAGCAGCAGUGUGUGUAUGUAUGUAUGUAUAUAUUUAUUUAAUGAUAUAUAUGUGUGUAUAUACACCAAAAUAUGUGUGUGUGUGUGUGUGUGUGUGUGUGUGUGU